AGGCCCCAUGUGAGCUGAUUGCAACACAUGCAGCUGCCUGGAGAGAGGGAGCCGGUGUCCUACGUCAGAGCCGCCGCCGCGGAGUUGCCGCCGGGGAGGACCAGCCGCUGCCGCCCAGGACUGGGCCCUUAGGGAGGAGGAGGCGAGAAGAUGGCGGACGACCCCAGUGCUGCGGACAGGAACGUGGAGAUCUGGAAGAUCAAGAAGCUGAUUAAGAGCUUGGAGGCGGCCCGCGGCAAUGGCACAAGCAUGAUAUCAUUGAUCAUUCCUCCCAAAGACCAGAUUUCACGAGUGGCAAAAAUGUUAGCAGAUGAGUUUGGGACUGCGUCUAACAUUAAGUCACGAGUAAACCGCCUUUCAGUCCUGGGAGCCAUUACAUCUGUACAACAAAGACUCAAACUUUAUAACAAAGUACCUCCAAAUGGCCUGGUUGUUUACUGUGGUACAAUUGUAACAGAAGAAGGAAAGGAAAAGAAAGUUAACAUUGACUUUGAACCUUUCAAACCAAUUAAUACAUCAUUGUAUUUGUGUGACAACAAAUUUCAUACAGAGGCUCUUACAGCACUACUUUCAGAUGAUAGCAAAUUUGGCUUCAUUGUAAUAGAUGGUAGUGGUGCACUUUUUGGCACACUCCAAGGAAACACAAGAGAAGUCCUGCACAAAUUCACUGUGGAUCUCCCAAAGAAACAUGGUAGAGGAGGUCAGUCAGCCUUGCGUUUUGCCCGUUUAAGAAUGGAAAAGCGACAUAAUUAUGUUCGGAAAGUAGCUGAGACUGCUGUACAGCUGUUUAUUUCUGGGGACAAAGUGAAUGUGGCUGGUCUCGUUUUAGCUGGAUCUGCUGACUUUAAAACUGAACUAAGUCAAUCUGAUAUGUUUGAUCAGAGGUUGCAAUCAAAAGUUUUAAAAUUAGUUGAUAUAUCCUAUGGUGGUGAAAAUGGAUUUAACCAAGCUAUUGAGUUAUCUACUGAAGUCCUCUCCAACGUGAAAUUCAUUCAAGAGAAGAAAUUAAUAGGACGAUACUUUGAUGAAAUCAGCCAGGACACGGGCAAAUACUGUUUUGGAGUUGAAGAUACACUAAAGGCUUUAGAAAUGGGAGCUGUAGAAAUUCUAAUAGUCUAUGAAAAUCUGGAUAUAAUGAGAUAUGUUCUUCAUUGCCAAGGCACAGAAGAGGAGAAAAUUCUCUAUCUAACUCCAGAACAAGAGAAGGAUAAAUCUCAUUUCACAGACAAAGAGACGGGACAAGAACAUGAACUAAUUGAGAGCAUGCCCCUGCUGGAAUGGUUUGCUAACAACUAUAAAAAAUUUGGAGCUACAUUGGAAAUUGUCACAGAUAAGUCACAAGAAGGAUCCCAAUUUGUGAAAGGAUUUGGUGGAAUUGGGGGUAUCUUGCGAUAUCGAGUAGAUUUCCAGGGAAUGGAAUACCAAGGAGGAGACGACGAAUUUUUUGACCUUGAUGACUACUAGGUAGUCGACAUGGGUCCGGCAAAAUGUGCCUCACCCUCCAGCAUCCAACCCAAGGAGCAUACCCGUGGUGGAAUCCAAACAGAUCCCUGCCUUACAAUUGGAACAUUUUCAGAACUUAAUCCAUGAGCAUUGGAUAUUGAAAAGAAAACCGAAACAAAACCAGACCCAACCCUACACUUUGGUUUGUCAUGGUGUCAGCGCAGCAGCCUACGACUAAGUUCCUAAAUGCCACUUUGGACUAAUUUAAACAAGAAUCCCAGUUUUUACUUUUACUCGGUGGUGAAAUUGGUUGCUCUUGUAUUUUAUGAAAAAAAAAAUGAUUUUUUUAACCUUCAUACAUAGAAGCAAAAAUACUUUAACUGCUGUAAACCUUCAAAAGUUAAUAGAAAUGAGAUCAUACUGAUUUGUUUCUUAUUUUGAUUGGAAAAAUUAAAUUGCUGCAUUUUGCAGUGACCCAUUUACAUGGCAUUCUCAGCUUAGACUGCAUAAGAAGAAAUAUAUGUGGUGAAAUGUUGGAACCAUUUCUCUCUUGGUCUCUUGUUUAAUGUUGAAAGGGUGAGCUUAAUAGGCAAUUUCAAUUUUACUCCCUCACACUAUCCCUCCCCCCUCCCGACUGUCAGUUUCAAGGAUGCAAAUUGCAUUGUAAAGUCAAGCUGACACAUGAAGCAUUUGGGCCAGUGCACUGUUUCCUUCCAUCUGUCUUGCAGGGGCUUUUGUGCUGGGGUUUGGGGAACCCUUAGCAUCAGUUGCUUUGACAAGGGUUCCCAUAAUCUUAGCCUACUAGAAACCAGUUUGGGAUGGACAUGUUGGGGCUUUUGUGCUAUUGCUGGGAUUGGGAGAAAUAAAACAUGCAAUUUAAGUGGAA